UUCCAUUACACUCUCCAACUCGUGGAGCACAGCCAGCUAUUCCAUAUCUCUUGGAAACCCUGCAAUUUGUCUUCACGAUCCAUCCCUCUGCCUUUUUUCCAUCUCUCUCUCACACUCUUUUUACUCAACGCCCAUCGUCUUUUCUUUUUUAUUAUUUUAUUUUAUAGUAGCAGUUAUGGCUGACAAGGUCAAGGACAGGGAUGAUGAAGAGUUCUUCAUGGAAAAUGAUGGUGCUGAUAAUGAGGAGGACCUCGAAGAGACAAAGGUAGAUGACGGCAGCAGCAGCAACAACAGUGAUGAUGACAGUGAGGGAGGCAGCGGAUCCCCUUCUGCCGCUUUCUCUUCCCAACAAUGGCCACAAAGUUUCAAAGAGACAAUGGAUCCUUACACAAUCACAGCAUCACCAAGUUUUGGAGUUCUUGGAAGAGUUCCAAAUUUUACACAUUUUAGUUUUAGCAGCCAAAGUAAAAGUAGUUUGGACCUGGAUGGAAAGCUUCCUCUACUGCCUGAACAUCAAAAGAGUUGUCAGAAGGAUUUUUUAGAUUCAAGAGCAUCGUCAUCAUGGUCACGGAAGUCUUCACUUCAUAAGCAACUUACCGGAGAAUUUCCCGUUGCUUAUGGAUGUAAUGUGACCCAGACUAUCUUUAAUGUGGUAAAUGUAAUGGUUGGAGUUGGGCUUUUAUCUACACCUUAUACAAUAGCAGAGGGAGGCUGGGCAAGCUUGUUGGUGCUAAUCAUUUUUGCAGUUGUAUGUUGUUAUACAGCCAUACUCAUGACAUACUGCUUUGAGAGCAGAGAAGGAAUUAUAUCUUACCCUGAUCUUGGCGAAGCUGCCUUUGGACGAUUUGGACGCCUUUUUAUAUCUAUUGUUCUGUACACAGAAUUAUAUUCAUAUUGCGUGGAAUUUAUUAUCCUGGAAGGCGACAAUCUUACAAGGCUAUUCCCUGGAGUUUCUUUGGAUUGGCCUGGUUUAAAGAUGGACUCGAUGCACCUCUUUGGAAUUCUAACUGCCUUCGUUGUUCUACCCACUGUUUGGCUAAAAGAUCUCCGUCUGAUUUCAUAUCUUUCAGCUGGUGGGGUUGUUGCGACAUUGGUGAUAGUUCUUUGUCUGCUAUUCCUUGGUGCAGCAGGUGGUGUUGGCUUCCAUCAUACUGGGCAAGCACUGAAUUGGAGUGGCAUACCAUUUGUAAUUGGUGUAUAUGGAUUUUGUCAUUCGGGGCAUUCUGUGUUUCCAAAUAUCUAUCAAUCAAUGGCUGACAAAUCACAAUUUAAGAAGGCAAUGGUAUUAUGUUUUCUUUUGUGUAUAGUAUUGUAUGGGGGUGUUGCAGCAAUGGGUUUUCUUGAGUUUGGUCAAGGCACCUUGUCUCAGAUAACUUUGAAUAUGCCACCAGAGUCUUUUAUUUCCAAAAUCGCGCUGUGGACAACGGUUAUCAACCCAUUCACAAAAUAUGCAUUGUUGAUGAUCCCUUUGGCAAGGAGUAUAGAGGAGCUGCUGCCUGAUCAAGUUUCAAAUAGUUUGUGGUGUUUCAUUUUUCUGAGAGCAGCACUUGUCUUUUCUACUGUUGGCGCUGCAUUUGCCAUGCCUUUCUUCGGUCUUAUGAUGGCCUUAAUUGGUUCUGUUCUCAGCUCUAUGGUGGCUAUAAUAAUGCCAUCGCUAUGCUUCAUAAAGAUCACUGGAAGAAAAGCCACAAGGGCACAGAUUGUUUUGAGCAUUACGAUCGCUGCAAUUGGUAUUGUCUGUGCUAGUAUUGGGACAUAUUCUACAUUGAAAGGGAUUGCGAAUAAUUACUGACAUCUAGACCGUAGCUCCCUUCUGGUUCAAACAUAGAGAUGGUGAUCAUGGGGAUGCUUAUUCUCCCUGCAGCAUCAUUACUGUUAAAUAAAUCAAUGACUCUUACUUGCGAGCAGCCCUGAAAUUUUGUUCCAAAUACAUUGAUAAGGCAUUAAAGAAUAUUAGGGUUGAGACAUGUUCCUGCUCCUGUUAGUGAUUGCUUUGAUGUCUCCCGUGCUUAAUUUUGCAGGAGUUAAAUCUGACCCUACUUUGAUUUUACUGAAUUCAUACUGUUUCCAUCUUUACUACGCUGUUCCCUUCAACAAUAAAAAGGCUAGGUGAUUAGAGUUGGUGUAUAUAUUUUAUG